AUGGCUCAUUAUGGGUCUCGGGUAAUCGAAGUAAUGGCCGCGAAUAUUGAUCGUGAUCGUAAACGUUUGGAAUGUCCAUCUCCUCCAACAGUUAGCUUUUUACAACGAAUUAGUUCAGCUUUAUUAUUUGCAACAUCAUCAUGUUUGAUCACAAUAAUUAACAAAAUUGUUCUAACAUCUUAUGGAUUUCCUUCGUUUCAACUAUUGGGUAUUGGACAGCUAGCCGUUUCUGCUGUGAUUUUAUAUUGUUUACGGUGUAUGAAUCUCGUUCAUUUUCCAAAUUUAUCUAAAAAUGUUGUACGACAAAUUAUGCCGCUACCAAUUGUGUUUUUUGGUAAUCUAUUAUUUGGACUUGGUAGUACACAAGCAGUUAGUCUUCCAAUGUUUACUGUAUUACGUCGUUUUUCAAUAUGGAUGACAAUGAUGGGAGAACAAAUAAUUCUAAAGUAAAUAUAUUUAAUUUUUUAUCUUGAAAGCCAUUAUACCAUUGAAUAUACAGUCCAACUCAUACUUAUUUAGCAUGUGGACAACGUGAGAUCUUGUACUAUUUAGAAAGGGAUCUUUUUUUAUGUUUAUCUUCACCGUUGUUCUUCUGUUGAUUGAAAGUGUUGAAGACUAACUAUUUGAUGUGUCUAAAAAAUAGGCAUGCAACGGUUAUUUUAUUGAGACUCUUGGCGAUAGUAGUUUUAAAAAUCGAAGAAACUUUUCAAAAUUGUUUCGAGUCGACAGUUUUGUGCACAAAUAUUUGCUCUACAAAAUAAGACAUUGCCGACCUUCUCACGAUAGUUCGUCGAUGAGAUAUGGAUUGUUUUUCCGGUAAAAGCUUUGUAUCU